AAAAGUUGGUAUAAUAGUCUAUGGUGUGUAUGUAUCAUGGUGGAUUGUGAUUGUUUGUAAAAUUUCGAAAAACGAUUCGUUUAAGCCAAAAACUACUUCAUACUUGUAUAAAUAUUUAUAUAGCGUCCUAACGUGGUUGAUUUAGUUGCUGAAGAUGUCUGACACGAGUGAUUUGGACCGCCAGAUCGAGCAAUUGAAGAGAUGUGAAAUUAUAAUGGAGGCAGAGGUUAAGGCCCUCUGCGCGAAGGCCCGUGAGAUACUCGUUGAGGAAAGCAAUGUCCAGCGAGUGGACUCUCCUGUUACGGUGUGUGGAGAUAUACAUGGACAGUUUUACGAUCUGAAAGAAUUAUUCAAAGUGGGUGGUGAUGUUCCAGAGACCAAUUAUUUAUUCAUGGGAGACUUUGUUGACAGAGGAUUCUAUUCUGUGGAGACAUUCUUAUUGUUACUUGCAUUGAAGGUCCGUUACCCUGACCGCAUCACACUAAUCCGAGGCAAUCACGAGUCCAGACAGAUCACACAAGUCUACGGGUUCUAUGAUGAAUGUUUACGGAAAUAUGGGUCUAUUACUGUUUGGAGAUACUGCACAGAGAUAUUCGACUACCUGUCGCUGUCGGCGAUCAUAGACGGGCGGAUAUUUUGCGUUCACGGUGGGCUGAGCCCCUCGAUACAGACGCUGGACCAGAUCCGUACCAUCGACCGCAAGCAAGAGGUGCCCCACGACGGGCCCAUGUGCGAUCUGCUGUGGAGCGACCCUGAAGACACCCAAGGCUGGGGUGUGUCGCCGCGCGGGGCGGGUUACCUGUUCGGCUCGGACGUGGUGGCUCAGUUCAACGUGUCCAACGACAUCGACAUGAUCUGCCGCGCGCACCAGCUCGUCAUGGAGGGGUACAAGUGGCAUUUCAACGAGACUGUGCUCACUGUCUGGUCCGCUCCCAACUACUGUUACCGAUGCGGCAACGUGGCUGCGAUAUUAGAACUAAACGAGAACCUGCAGCGUGAGUUCACGAUAUUCGAAGCGGCGCCGCAGGAGUCCCGGGGAGUGCCCUCUAAGAAGCCUCAGGCUGACUACUUCUUAUAAUGUUCAUAGACAAUACAUUACGUCAGCGACUAGUAUUACGGUUUUAAUGUAGUGACAAAACAUUUCAAUGUGUAAUUUAAUUGUGAUUUUAAGACUGGUAAACUAAACGGAUUGUAAGGUAAGACCUAAGCGCAAGAUACGUGCCCAUAAGUGGAACAUUUGGUUACAUAGAACAUUAUAUCUAAAGUUUAUAUGGAUGUUCGACUACUAACAAUAAAACUUAAGUUAUCUAAUCAAUAUUUUGGAAAUAACUUAGAAAUAAAAGUGAUUAAAAACUAAAAGAUUUAUCAAUAAAUUAAAAAAAGAUAUUAAACCAUUAAAAGAUUCCCAGUCGAGCUACUACCAUUGUUUUCCUUAAAUCUGGAGGCAGGGGUUCUGGAUAGUGCAUUACCUAUGUAAGCCUAUGUAGCUCUAAUGUUUGUAAACUAGAACUAAACUAAGUAAGUGUUGAUAUGUCUAUAAGCCAAUCGAGGUAUUGAAAUUGUGCCAGGUCUGUGUGUAACCAAAUGAGUCCAGCAAUGAUAGCACUGUUUGCUUUAUAAGAUAAAACUUUAGAGUUCAAAGAAUACUAUGUAUAAGUAGGUAUUGUACCAAAAUUACAACCAAAACUAGAGUUUUAUCUUGUAAAAAGAAAACUGGUAGAGAGUAAUAAAGUGAUGAUUCUGGUUUGCAUUGACAGUUGAAACUACAGGCCAGCCAAAAACAAAUUUGAAAUUUGAUGUUCUGUAGAAUAUAAGGUGCAUUUUUAAUGUUUCCCAUUACACGUUCCUGUGCAGAUUGUUCACAAACGUGCGUGUCAACGUAAUUAGGGAUACAUCAAUAGAUAAGUUCCUGAUUCAUUAGUAUGAUUAAUAGGCAAAAGUGAAAUAAAACAAAAAGUGAAAUGCGCGCGUGUGGAUAAUUUUGAUCAUUUGAAUAUACCAAUAAUUUUAUGAUUAAAUAAGUCGCGAAUGCUAUCAAACGACCAAAACCAUUAAUCCGUGCGAUGAAAAAAAAUAUUUGUUUUAAAUGUGAUGAAGAAGAACAAUGAAUAGGAUAAGUGAACCAAUUUUCGAAAUUGAUGGCAGUCUUGAUUUAUGUUAAAAGGAAGUCACUUCUAGUGAUCAAUUGUAUUGGCGCGUUGGAUUGAAUGUUUAGUGCAGUGCUCCUGCCUCCGCGUCACGGUACACGCUAUCGACGCUAGACGCGACAAAUAUCGGCAGACGAGCUGCGACCAACCGACGCUGCGUAUUUAUCGAUGUAGGCGGCGUAUAUUUAUUGGUGAAAGCCCGCGAUAUGAGCCGUAAGCGGACACCAUGCCACGGGGGCUGCAUGGAGGAUAUCGUGUGAGAGAUUACUCCGUCGGCAAUAUCUAAACUUCAGCGUAUAUUGCAGAUUUCUAUAGUAAUAAUAAGUUAUUAAAUGUUAGACAUGACCAGGCACUAAUUUUAACGCGCCGUUAGUGUACAAAUCAUACUACAUGUUUGGAUCACUGCCGUUAGUGUAAUGAAACAAAUUUUAAAUAUUACAUAAUAUAAUGCUUCAUAUUCUGACUUUAAAAACGACCAAUAAGUUAACCAAAAAGGUAACAAAGAAUGUGGUCAUUAUAAAGUUUAAAACUGAAAAAAAAUCUUUCUCAAGUGCCCUGGAUUUGUAUUGCUCAAAAUUACUUAAAGUAUAUAAAUCUGUUAUUUUAUAUUCCACUUCUAGCUGUCACAUUCUUUGAUAUCUUGUUACAUUAGGCCUAUAAUUUCGUUUUUAUAUUGUUGUAUCAAAGUCAAUAUGUUUUAGAUUGGAAAUGAUGUGAUCUCAUGAUUCUUUAGUUCCGGUCCAUUUACUUGAAUCUAAUUUGUCAUAACAGUCAUAGGUAUACAAUAAGGUUGUUUUUAUUUAUUUAUAAUGCUGUGUAUGUCGAGUUUUGUUGUUUAAUAACUGGUAUUGGAAUAACUUCAAACAUUAUGAAAGUAUUGAUAAGCUUUGAAAAUACGAAACAUUGCUUUCCCAAAUCACAUAGCAACAAUGAAACUUGGUCGGCCACAGCAUCUAGCACGUAGUUCCCUCAAUAGUCAACAAUUGUUUUGAAUCAGCUAUGAAAUCUGUUACUCGAUUAUUUUUCUUAUAUGAAAUCUAGUGACUAAUUGGCCACUCACAUGUGAAAACCAUUUUGUAAUCUUCCUUCUUUUUUUUAUACAAUUAUUAAAAUGAAAUGCCAUUGUCAA